CUGUCAUCCGUAUUCUCUUUGCAUUUUGACACACCUUCGCCUUUCACAUUUCCUCCUCUAGUGCAGCGUCGCCUUAACGCCCUCCUCUGGCAGGACCGCAGUCAACGGGUCGAUGGAGACGGCCGGCAUCCGCGCGGCGGCAUGGGUUGUGGGCAAGGCACUGAGCCCACUGUCCGGCGGCGUGUUGGAGUCGUGGGCGGCGAGCACCAAGCUCGGGUCUAACAUGCAGGACCUAAAGCUGGAACUGUUGCACGCGCAGGCGAUGUUGAACAAUGUCCGCGGCAGGGAGAUCCACAACCCCGCCCUGGCUGAGAUGCUGGACAUGCUGCGGCAACUGGCGUACGUGGCCGACGACGUGCUGGACGAGCUCGACUACUUCCGCAUCCAGGAUGAGCUCGACGGCACCUACCAUGCCGCCGACGCGCAUGCCGCUGGCUGGGUCCGUGACCUCGCCCUCAACGCUCGCCACACGGCCAGGGCUUGUGUGAAUACACUCAAUGUCGGUAAACACCUCUCUUGCUUCUCCUCGUCAGCGUCUGUCAAUCGUCAUGCUCAACCACCAAAACUGAAGUUUGAUAGGGUCGAAAUGUCAACAAGGAUAUCGGACCUCACAGAGCAGCUGAAGCCCGUAUGUGCUAGGGUCUCCAACAUUCUCAAUCUAGAGUUACUCAACUCUAGCAACACCCCUUUCCAAGAUAUUGCGAUGAACAGACCCAAAACCACCCCACAAAUUAUAGAGCCUAAGUUAUAUGGGAGGGAUCUCCAUAAAAAUGCUGUCCUACAGGAAAUUGCUAAUAGUGAAUGCUCUAAACUUACGGUGCUUCCAAUCAUUGGCCCCGGUGGUAUCGGGAAGACAACUUUCACACAACACAUAUAUGAACAAAUGAAGAGCAAUUUCCAUGUUCCCAUUUGGAUAUGUGUCUCUCUCGAUUUUAGUGCAAAUAGGUUGGCAAAAGAUAUAGUUCAAAAGAUCCCCAACGUUGAAAAUGAAAACAAAAAUUGUUGCGAUGAAGAGCUAAUCAAACAAAGAUUAAAAGGAAAGAGGGUUUUACUUGUAUUAGAUGAUGUAUGGCCACAUCAUGAGAGUGAGUGGAAAAAAGUAAUAGCUCUAUUUAAAGAAGAGGAUGCAAAAGGAAACAUGGUUAUAGUAACCACUCGGAUAUGUGAGGUAGCAGACACGGUUAAGACAACUAAAUGCUCGCUAGAAUUGGAGCAUCUGUGCUCGGUAGAUAUUAUGUCUUUCUUCGAAGAGUGUGUAUUUGGUGACCAAAAACCAUGGGUUGACUAUCCAGAACUAGUUGACGUUGGGAGUAAUAUAGUGGAAAAGCUGAAGGGUUCCCCUCUUGCAGCCAGGACGGUUGGUAGAUUACUAAGAAAUAAACUUACAUUGAACCACUGGAGAAGCGUUCUGGAAAGUAAAGAAUGGCAAUCACAAAAGGAUGAUAAUGACAUCAUGCCAGCUUUAAAGCUCAGCUAUGAUUAUCUUCCUUUCUAUCUACAACGAUGUUUUUAUUUUUGUGCUUUGUUUCCUGAAGAUUACGAGUUUGGUAGUGAGGAAUUGAUUCACUUGUGGAUUGGGCUAGAAAUUCUGCAUUCAUGUGAUCGGAACAAAAAAAAACUUGAAGAUGUUGGACUGUGCUAUUUAAACGACUUGGUCAAUCAUGGUUUUUUCAAAAUGAAUAAAACAAAAAACGGAAGUACUUCUUAUGUUAUUCAUGACCUACUGCACGAUUUGGCGGUGAACGUUUCGUCGGAUGAGUGUCUAUACAUUUAUAUGUCUAAUGCGAGGGACAUAGAAAUUCCGCCAUCCCUACGCCACUUGUCUAUCAUCAUAGAUAACACAAAUGUCGAGGAUGGGGUGUCCUUUGAAGACUACAAUGGAAAUUUGAGUGCACUUGGUGAAAGAUUGAAAGUUGAAAACCUACGCACCUUUAUGCUAUUUGGAGAUGACCAUGAAAGUUUCGCCAAAACUUUUGCUGGUUUGAUUAGGGAAGCUAGAGCGCUUCGCGUAAUUUUUUUGUCCGGGGUCUCGUAUAAUUUGGAGGAUAUAUUGCACAAGCAUUCAAAACUUGUACAUCUUCGCUACCUAAGGGUCAGGCUGGAGUAUUCAUGCCAUCACUUUUGUUUAUCAAGUUCAUUGUCUAGAUUGUAUCAUUUAGAGGUGAUUGAUCUACAAGAUCAGUAUUGUGACGUUAGGUCAACAAGACAUAUGAGAAACCUUGUAAAAUUGCGUCAUUUCCUUAUCUCAAAAGAAAAGCAUAAUCUUCAUUCUGAUAUUCAUGGGGUGGGAAAACUGAAAUUCCUCCAGGAAUUAAGGGAAUUUAGAGUGGGAAAGGAGGGUGAGGGUUUUGAGCUGAGUCAGCUCAAGCCAUUGAAAGAGAUCGGAGGGUUACUUGGCAUUUAUAAUCUUGAAAAUGUGCAAACAAAAGAGGAAGCAAGAGAAGCAAAACUGUUACAGAAGAACAACUUAAGAGAACUCAUAUUAGAAUGGGAUGUCAAGCGAUCCAAUAAGGAUCCUGUAAAAGAAGAAAAUGUUCUUGCAAAUCUUGUACCACAUGGCAAUAUUCGAGAGUUGUGCAUUAGAGGGCAUGGGGGCACUAACUGCCCAGCAUGGCUAUGUGAGAAUCUCUCGGUAGAAUGUUUGGAAUCUCUUUGUCUAGAUGGCAUAUCUUGGAAAAACCUUCCGCCACUAGGAGAGAUGUGGAUGGCUAAUGGCCUUGGAGGAGAGUAUCAGGGUUGUAGUGUCUCAUCUCCAACCUUUCAUAAUUUGAAAAGUCUAGAAUUAAGUAACAUAUCAAGUUUGACAAAAUGGGUCGGGAGUGGCACUUGUCCUUUAUUUUCUCACUUGGAAGGGCUAAAAAUUAGAAAUUUCUCUGAACUCAUCGAGUUGCCGUUUUCACAUCCUCCUACUUGCUGUCAAGCACAGCGGAAUGAGAAAAUAAGCUGGUUUCCUAAACUAUGGAAGCUUGUCAUUGUAGAAUGCCCGAAACUAGUGUCGUUCCCUCCUAUCCCUUGGCGGACUGGUGCUAUGUGCUCUGCUUACAUAGCACGAGUUGGGUCGUGUUUCGAGGAGCUGAUUUACCCGAGACGUGAAUUGGAAUUAAAUCUGCAGAUUGAGGGAAGAGGUGGCCAGGGUGAUGUAUUCUGGAGCGGGUUGAAUUUCUCUAAUCUAACUGAUCUAGAAGAGUUGCGUAUGAAAAAAAUUCCUUUCCUGCCAUUGAAACACCUACGAGCGCUAACAUCUCUGAGGAAGAUCGAGAUAGAGGGUGCGAGCAGUUUCUUGUUGCCUGUUGAAGGUGCCGAUGAUGGCAUAUACAGGCUUCCAGUUGAACACCUCGAGAUUACUGACUGUGAUGUUAGUGGGAAAGAGUUGACACUGGUGCUCUCUUUCCUUCCCAACCUCUCAAUACUGAGAAUAGAAAACUGUGAUAAUAUAGCUGGGUUGGGUGUGGCAUUAUAUGCAGAAACUGUUUCUGGAGAGCAGCCGGAGCAAGAGACUAGAGUCGGAGAGGAGGAAAUCAUAACAGCAGCGGCAGCGGAAGGUCUGCUUCUCUUGCCUCCCCACCUACAGGAGUUGUGGAUUUUCGGUUGCAAAAAUAUGAGCAUACUUUCCGAUCCAAUUUACGACAACGACCAAAAAUCAGCAGGCAGUGGAGAAGGAGGUGGAGGGGGACUCCAGCGUCUCCGCUCCCUCCGCUGCUUGUAUGUAAGCACAUGCCCCAAGUUCCUCUCCUCCUAUUGGUCAUCAUCCUCCCCCUCUGUUUUCCCUUUCCCGACCUGCCUGCAACGCCUGACCCUACGUGGCGCGAAGUACAUGAAGACACUGCAAGCCCUCUCAAACCUCAGCUCUCUCACCAAGUGUGAGUUAUUGUUUGAAUUGAGGGGUUUAGAUGGUUUGUGGCCUCUCCUCAGCCACGGCCGCCUUAAAAAAUUAGCAAUCAAUUCUGGCUCGGUAUAUGCAUGGGAUUCCUCGAUUCUGACUCCAAUUUGCAGCAACCCUCUUCAUCUGCAAACGGGGAGCAACACAGGAUUCCUUGCUGCGCCCAUGUGCAGCCUCCUCUCUUUCACCCUCACCAAAUUGGACCUCAGUUUGGAUCAGGAGAUGAAGUGCUUUACAAAGGAGCAAGAGGAGGCCCUCCAGCUCCUCACCUCCCUCCAGGAGCUGCAAUUUUCAGCCUCCGAAAACGAGCGGCACUGCUACCUCUCGAAGCUGCAGUGUCUCCCUGCAGGGCUAGACAAGCUCAUCAACCUCAAGAGACUAAUGAUCAAUUGUUGUUCAUCCAUCCGGUCGCUGCCCAGCCUUCCGAGCUCUCUGCAGGAAUUAGUGAUUGACAACUGUUAUGCACUCCAGUCGCUGCCAAACAGCCUCCCGAGUUCUCUGGAAAUAUUGAGCAUCUACGGCUGUCAAGCCAUCAAGUCGCUGCCAGAGAGCCUCCCGAGUUCUCUGAAAAAAUUGAAGAUCUCCGGCUGUUGGGCCAUCAAGUCGCUGCCCAAGGACGGCCUUCCAAGUUCAAUGCUAGAGUUAGAUGUCAACCUUGGCUUGGACAGCGACAACUUAAGAAAGGAGUGCCGCAAGCUAAAAGGAACCAUUCCGAUAGUCAAAGUCAUCAAUUAAUCCAAGGCUCCUUUGAUUUCUAUAUUCUUCUCGCCUCUUAGAAUACUCUCUCCAUCGAAGCAUGGUUUCUGGUGCCAAGCAUGACGUUCUCAAUAUGUAUCUGCCAUCCUGCAGUACAAACAACUGGAGUUGUACAUUCUCUUAGGCUUGCAGAAUCUACUGCACCCAGUAAAGUUGCACAUAAGGUCUUCCGUGGCAUCUCCGUCGCAUAGAUAAAAUCCAUAAAUCUGGUAUUCUCAUGCUCGUCCUGGUUGAUUUCUAGAUGAGUGUCAUUUACAUUUGGAUCGUUUCUCAUAGAUACUUCCUAGUGCACUUGGCUUGUUCACUGUGAAAGUGAGAUCACCACAUAAUGGUGGAAGAAAUGAGACUCGAUGAUUUGCUACUAAAAUAAAGGAACUUUAAAUGACCCUUCGUAUCAUCUCAGUGCUUGGGGUGGAGCCAGUUCAGACCUGGGCUGUUAUUUUAGUUCAUUUCAGUUCCAAACUGUCAGAGUCAACUAUGGUUCUUGGUGUCUUCGUAGAUAUGGCUUGUGCUUUCCAAUAGGAACAUUUCUGUUUUUCGAGGGAAGGUUAGUAAACCUCUGCUGAAAUUCAUGAUCGCUUUAGCUAUUGCUAGACUGUGUUCAAUGUGCAAGUGUGAAACUGUUAUUGCCUCAUGAGACCUAGGUUAGAGAACUUGCUGCAUUCUUCAAAAGUUGGUAUUCUAGCUUUUGAGCACACUAAUAUUCUCGGUAUUCAUUGCCACGCUAAAUUAAAUAACAUAAAGAGAGUGUUCAGUUGACACAUAUAGUUGUAAAGGUAGAGAACACCGGUUGUUAAGGGAUUGAUGAACAUUGAUUGAGCAAAAAGACUCGAGCUUCCGACUUUUUAUUCAUCGAACCUCCUGAGUUAAGUAUGGUGAUGGUGAUUUUAUUUUCUAAUUGAUCUGGAGUUUUUUUUUCUAUCCCACCAAUGCCAAAAACAGAGCAGAUUUCAUGAGCCAUGAUUAUUGCAAUCUGAAUAUUUAGUGUGUAUUGUUAAGUUUGAUGUUCCUCUAGUAUGGAGUCUUUCAAUGCCAGUCAUACUUUUUGCGUAACUUUGUUUCUCGCUAGCCUCUCUGACACUCGGUAUUGCAUUCCUUAAUUAGGAUAUCGCAUACUCCGCCGGUGUACAUACUACAUAUACAAAUCACAGAAAUUAAACCAUUUCUUCGAUGUGUUUACAUCAUACCUACAUUCUAUAGCACAUCCCUUGCUAUUCCGCAGUAGUUGAUUGUUCCAUAAACACACUCAUCAAAGUUCGAGAAGAUUCAAAAGAGAGCUUUACUGUCAUCGUCAUGAACCCUGCCAAUUUCAGCACUAUGAAGAGCUAUAUUCAUCAAUAUUAUUCAUGCCUCUCCCACACACAUAUGAAAAAAGAAAGAAAAAAGAAAAAUAGAGAGAGGCACCAUUCAAAAGAUCAAUGAAUGGCCCUCAAGCAGGAAGAAAAUGUCAGCAGCGCUACCAUAUUCAGUGGCAGAAUGGCUAAUCAAACUACUACCAUAUUCAGAGCAUCAUUCACAUCCUGGGAUCACCUUACAUUACAUAGACAUCUCAAUCAUUCCUUUCACGUGAGUCAAUUCUGUCCCCCAUCCAUCCCCUGGACACUACUUUUUCCAAUGACUGGCAUGUGAAGACUUCUUUGCACUGGAUUUGAACACUUAUUUAGCUUUACUAUCUAGAUUUCAGUUUUGCUCAUUCUUUGAAUUACCCUACCAAGCUCCAGAUAAGCUUUCCACAAAUAUAAAGCAGAUAGAAAACACUUCGGCCAGUGGCCAGUGAGGACUACAAUUAUGUGAUGAGAGUAAUUCCAGACCAUGACGAGGUAAUCUCACUAGAUACCUGCUCUUGGAAGGUUCACAAAGGAAUAAAAUUGUUGGCUGCUCGUGUUCUCUUUUGUUCUUGAAAUUGAAGUCAAACCUCCUAGUGAUUGUGUUCAAAAACUUUGAUGGCUAUAUUGUUGAUGCUGUUCACUCUCAUAAAAUGGAACCCAUUCCUUACUGGCAAUGAAUAUGAGUUGUUAUUUAAGCUUGUGCUCAAUUGCUAGCCUGCUACUUUGAUAAGUUUGUGGGAAGUGUCUCGAUCCGAAGUUUGUGAGGAUUUUAAUAAUUGUUUGUACAUGCACACUUGUCUGCAAUCUCGCUAUGCUAGGCUUUCAGGUGUUUCACAGGCACAUGGGCAAGUUGAAUCAGGAGCCUAAAUCCUCUGGCCUGCCAUUUGCUGUGGUCUCUGAGACUCUUUCUUGGAAGGAAGAGUCAGAAAGGGAGAAGCCUGAGAUGAACCAUACAUUUUGUUUUUCUUUGCAGCCUGAGAUGAACCAUAUGGAGAGCCUAUAAGGAAGAGAGGAUUUUUUUUUUUGCACUCAUUUCCUUGUAGCUUCAGUCUGUAGUAGGUUUUGAUGAGUGGUACAAAAAAAGGACAAUUUUUGUGUCAUUCGUUUUCUGAGCGUGGACAUGUAUAUUCAGUGAAAUGAAAUGCAGUUCUUUACAAUACUAUCUUCA